GGGACCAGCUUGGCUAAGGCGGGACUCGAAGUUGCAGUGUAUCUGCCCGUCUCUUUUCAAUAAAGUUAUUUUUCAAAAAGAAAAGGGGGAGGGGGAGUCUCGGUCACGGCAAGAUGGCGACGCCCGUGUCGCCCUUGGUUACUGGGCGCUGCCUUCUAAGGGCUGCCGCUCGCCGUGCUGCUCUGCUGCUAACCGGGUGGGCUGAAGCCGGCGCCCCGCGGAAAGCUUACACAGUUCAGGUUGCUGAGAGAGCAGCCUGUGGCACUCUAGUGGAUGCUAAUUCCAAAGCCUUGUUAAUUUGCAAUGGACCUUUAGAACAUUAUGAGUUUCUGAUCAAAACAGAGGAGCUGAACAAUGAUGAGCAACAACGAAAAGUUUUGCAGUGCCUGCAGAAGCUACAUGAAAGCCUCAAAGGCUACAGUAUCAGUCCAAAGCAUAUCUUAUCAAAGCUGUUUACAAGACACAAUCCCCCAAAAGGCAUUUAUGUCUAUGGAGAUAUUGGCACAGGAAAGACAAUGGUGAUGGACAUAUUUUAUUCUCAUAUAGAAGUAGAAAGAAAAAAGAGAGUCCAUUUUCAUGGCUUCAUGUUAGAUGUGCACAAAAGAAUACAUCGCCUUAAACAGAGCCUCCCCAAAAGGAAACCUGGAUUAAUGGCUAAAUCGUAUGAUCCAAUAGCACCUGUAGCUGCUGAAAUAAGUGAGGAGGCUUGUCUCUUGUGCUUUGAUGAAUUUCAGGUCACAGACAUUGCUGAUGCCAUGAUUCUCAAGCAGCUCUUUGAAAACCUAUUCCAAAAUGGUGUUGUCGUUGUGGCAACAUCCAACAGGCCACCAGAAGACCUAUAUAAAAAUGGGCUCCAGAGAAUGAACUUCGUGCCAUUCAUUGCUGUACUGAAGAAAUAUUGCAGCACUAUCCAGCUGGAUUCUGGAAUAGACUACAGGAAACGAGUGCUACCGGCAGCAGGAAAACUCUAUUACCUCACAAGUGAAGCUGAUGUGGAGGCUGUCAUGGAUAAGUUGUUUGAUGAGCUGGCUCAAAAACAAAAUGAUUUAACUAGACCAAGGAUUUUAAAAGUACAAGGCAGAGAGCUGAGAGUGAAUAAAGCGUGUGGAACCAUUGCAGACUUCACAUUUGAAGAGCUGUGUGACAGACCACUUGGAGCCAGUGAUUAUUUGGAAAUAGCCAUGAAUUUUGACCUAGUCUUCAUUCAUCACAUACCUCAAUUUACAAUGGCAAAAAGGACCCAAGCUCGACGCUUCAUUACUCUGGUUGAUACUUUUUAUGACAAGAAGGUGCGUAUUGUUUGCUCUGCAUCAGCUCCACUCCAGAGCAUAUUUAUUCAAGAACACCAUGACAGUGGGUUGGACGAAAGCAGGGUACUGAUGGAUGAUUUGGGGUUGAGCCAGGAUUCGGCUCAAGCACUUUCUAUGUUUACGGGAGAGGAGGAGAUUUUUGCCUUUCAGCGUACCAUCUCACGACUGACUGAAAUGCAGACUGAGCAGUACUGGAAGGAUGGGGACAGAAGCAAGAAACCACUGUAACUAAAAGGCUAUCAAAGCACACAGAACAAUCAUCUUUCCUGACAAAGAAUCAAAAUCCCAUUUUCAGUCUACGAAUGGUAUGGAAAGGGAAGGAGCAUGAAGUCUAUGGUCUGCAUAUAUGUGUCAUAAAACUACAGCUUGAACAAAUGAUAGACCCAAACCAGGCAAAUUAAAUGUGUAUUCUUGCACCUAUCUACCUCCAGUGUUUUGGUUAUAAAUAUUGCACCUUCAGUACCCUUGAACUUUUCUAGAAAAAAAUUAUGCUGGGCCGCAAUUGAAACACUUUAGAUUUUCCUUUUACCAAACGUACAAAAGCAUCCUUUUGUAUUUGGUAGCUCUGCCAUUCUAAAUACUCUUAUUUCUGCUUUUUUACUGCCACAGUAGGCAUUGAUCUUGUUACUCCAUUGGCUAUAUGUACGACUCACACACCCCGUCCCAAAUUCUCCUGGGAGGGAGGGUGCAAAAAGAAUCAAGUGGAAUUAUAGAAGCAAGAAUGGAAAAGCCAUUUAAGUCGAUAAGUAUCAAAGCAAAAGUGCCAGAACAAUCAGGACUUUGGUGAACUCUCACUGUAUAUGGUACAUACAGUCAGAGCACUGGGCAGAAAUCACAUCACAUCUAUACCCACUCUUGCCUGUGGUUUUAAUAGACAGUAGGCAGGUACAGUGGGAAUCUCAUUCAUCCAUUCAUGCAUGUCACUAACUAGAUGACAAGACAUUUGGUUAUUUCUAGUAAACUAGUACAAACUACUUUCUUUUUUGAGUUAAUGGGCAAGACCAGUGGCCCAUCCAUUCAUUUUGGGCCAUGUCAUAAUUGGUGAUUGCAGCAUGCCACAUACUUUUGCCAUGAUGUUUACACCGUUUGUAGGGAAGGAUAAUAAUUACAAGAUCCCACAUUGUCAAAAGCAGUAAAAUAAACAAAAUAAAAUAACUUAAAGGAAAAAACUACACUUUUCAAAUGGUUUUAAUACAAUCUCACAUGAGAAAGAAAGGAAUUAUCAUCAUCAUCAUCAUCAAUAAUAAUAAUAAUGUGACUAACCUGGCAAGGUAGAAAGUCAUCUGUUGGUAAAUAAGUUUAACAUUAAAUCUGCGUACUGAAAAAGUAUUUUGCAGAGUAGUUUCACCAACCACUUCUGUGUAGAUGGUAAAAUUCUCAGCACUUUUAACACUGUAAAAUUACAGGCUGGCCAUUUUCACUUGCUGUUCUAGAUCUUCAUAGUGUUUCCUUUUUGUCCAUAGCUGUCUCCAAACCCCUACUGCUGUACUUCCAACAGACUGUCAUGUUCACUACCACAGCUCUUCCCUCCUUAACAAACACUAGGUCUGGCUUCUGCAGUUCAUUUUGCAGAGUUUUCAAGUGAGGUUCAUGAUGUAUAGUCCAGUGUUAUUGUUUUUGCCUCAUUGGCCAGAUGUUGACUUACUUUGUUCAGGUGAUGAAUUUGCACAUCUUGAAUUGGACAGCAUUGCCUUGAUAUAUGCGAACAAGAGUCAUACUGGGCACAACACGUCCUGCAGCUUUUCAUUGCAUUUACACUCCCCCAAAUUAGUUACUUUCUUAUCAGGAAUACAUUCAUGCAAAGUUUGACAGCUGUUACAUAAUCCUGAUCUGACAUGUCCUUCUUGU